AUGGCGGAAUUACCUGGCGAUUCGAAAUCACCAAUCCCGUCGUCUGUGUUUGAUAGCGACGCUGAUGAAACCAAAUUCACAUCCGCAGUCCUUCUGCCAUUGACUGUGUCGAUCGAUGAUGAUGGCGCAGGACAGCUCUCAGCACCGCAGACAAACACCCCGGCUGAGCUCUCGGAGCCACGACAGAUUAUAUCGUCUGGAGACUCAUCUAAAUUCCUCCAAGCUGAGCUUGGGCGACCUGUUUUCGCAGGAACCUACUUCGAUGAGCCUGCGUAUCUUGUGCAGCUUCGUAUCCAAACCGUUGAUAUUCAUGUUCUUGUAGAAGAUGCACCAAGAGAUGAUACACAGAACGCUUCAGAUGAUUCUGAUAGCAGUGACAGUGAUUACGAAGAGGAGGAAUUUCUGCACCCAGCAAUCGUCAAGGCAUUCCCUAGUCCCAGUGGUUGGGAGGGUACACCACAGUCCGCUGAGGUGACACUCACACACGGAGUCGGCUUGCAAGUAGGCUACACUCCUGCUUCCGCCCCCUACAACAUUGGGGAGUCACGCACCUGGACGAAGACCGGAGCCGUCAAGGUCAGGGUAGCACACAAAGGCCCCGGACAGAACAAAUUGCAUGUCCGGGUUGAAGAGAGCUCCGUGGACGAGGCUGGAGUGCCGAAAUACUUGGUAGUACCUUUUAUCAUCGGCCACCGGUCCCGUCGCUUCCGUAUACGUGUCGGUAUCCACGCGCGCUUUGGCUUCUGGCGGGGAAAGCUGGCUGAAGUUGUGCCAAUUCUCGGUCGUGCUGAUGAGCCUUUGUUCUUUGACCCGUUGGUGAUGAGCCGGGCUAUGGAAAAGGGACGAAGAGGUGUCAACGGGGAGAAGGUCGUUGAGUGGCGCGGUGCGCUGGAUAAAGUUGCUCUGCAGGAGUACUCGUCGCUGAUUGAUAAGAAUGCUACUCACGCGUGA